CGCGUGACCAUGUUCCGCGCGACCACGAGGGGGGAUAACAUGGCGGCACCGGAUCGCAGUUAGUUGACGUACAGACGCCGGUGGAUUUAGAUCAUCAUUCCAAGUCGUCACGGCGACCAAUCGUCGUGACUGGAAGUAAACACUUUUGUUCAGGCGGUUGUAACUUCGCACACUGACAUGCUUGGAAACGUGUGGUUCUGUUAAGAAGAAAGGCAAUUUCACGAAACCGUACGAUCGCUUUCGAUUCACGUGCGUUUACAUGCGACAAGUGACAUUUAUAAAAUUCCGCUGAUACGGACUUAAAGCUAUCGAGAUUCGAUCAGCGAAAACGCUUCGACGGUGAUUCGCGCGACAGUACGUUUCUGCGAUUGAUCGACUUUUUCGUAGACAUCAGAGUGAUUGACAACUGAAACAGAGAAGACGGCAUAACUCUGUGAAUUUAUUUCGAGAGCUGUGCUGGUUGCUCGUGCACGUAGCCUGCGAACCGAUCUUCAUCGCGAAAUGGCCCCAACCAUUUGCCUAUCGGAGAUUCCAGUAGUGAGAAGACCGACAAUCCCAUGUUCGCGUAGACGGCAAAGGGUUUCUUCCACCGGAGCCAUUGGGAAACAUCAAAGGCUAGAAUUGAGGAGAAUAGAAGCAAAUCCGAUGGCCUGUAAAGAAUCAUCCUUAACGUUACUGGAGAGUUCGGUUUGGGAACCGGAACGCCGUAAUGACUCGUGCGUCCCAACGGUCGUCAGCUCUUCCUCGCCGAACGUUUCUGCCAGAGUUCCAACGGACACGGAACAACAUUGGAAAGUGUUUCUCGCUCGGCGGAAAGGUCUUUUAGACAUUGUCGUGCGUACAAUAGCUCUGAUCAGGCGAAACAAUAUCCUCCAAGAAAGAGUGAACGCACUCAGCGCAGAGACACGUGACUUCAUUCACUCGGUGCUCAACAAUCCUGAAAACAAGUGCGCACAACAAAGAUUGGAUACACCGAGUUCCAAAGAUGAAAAUGUUUCUUCCACAACAGAAAAAACAAAUUCGAGAUCACCAUCUCUUCCAUCAAGUCCAAGCUCUUCCUGCUCUUCAUUAGAUGACAUCACAUUCAGUUGCAAUAAUAGUGAAUGCGAUGAACAAUCUUUCGACGAAUUCUCAUCGUCUGAAAACGAUGAAUCGUAAACCUCACAUUCAUGUACAUAUGAAAGGUAAUCCCGAAAUGGUACUGAAGAAAAUUAUUAAUAUAGAGUAUGCUAACUCUUAGAGGACACACGAGCUAUAAGAGCGUGCAGUGAUUUCUGUAGAUGAGUGGAAACACGUAAUAAGAAAUUAAAUAGUAUCAUUUUAAUCUAAUAAUUGCAUGGGAUCACCUUUAAAAUAAAUAUUGAAGUUCAUAUACUUAAAAAAUAAGAUAUAACGAACUUGUCAUUUUAGCCACUUAAGAAAACUGGCUUUAAAGGUAUGAUGAAAUUUCGGGACUCCAAGUAUUGGGUUUCAGUACAGCUCUAGACUAUUCCCAUUUCAGAAAAACUGAUUUUAACCCUUAAUGGUCAACAAUUUUCUAUUAACUCUUUGCGAACGAGACUGUAUUAAGCUUCUAACAUUUCUUUUCAUAAAAAAGUGAAUUAUGCAUCGAAGUCUUAACACAUUGAGCGCCGGCAACUUAAGAGUAGCAACUUGUAUCUGAUCAAUGAGUAGCCAAAAAAAAUAUUCAAAACAUUAUACAUUUUCGCAAAAUAGUACAUUUUAAUUGCAUAUUCGUCAUAUCCAGAAAUGGAAAUCCAGAAAUCCGCAUUAUUGCGAGGCCGGCGCUCAAGCGAUAGACUCAAAAUCCCGCGUUUUCACGGGGCCGGCGCUCAAUGUGUUAAACACUAAAAGAAAAAAAAACAACAUGUUAAUCCGUCGUUAGUUGAAUAAUUAAAUUAUUCAUUUGCAGUUUUCGAUUUUAGAUAUCGAAGUUCGAAGUUGCCGUUGCGGCGACAUUCGACCGCCAAGGGUUAAAAUUUAAAGACAUAAAAUCAGAACUCCGUAAAUUUCCUGUUUCAAUUUUCUGUAAUAUAGAUUAUUUAGCACACGAAAAAGCUUUUUUCCAUUGGUUACAUAAACUUACAAACUCGCUAUAUCUCAUUCACUGACUAUAAUCUAAACAUUUUUCUAAAGAGAAAUUUGACAUUCAUUAAUGUUACCUUUUAAUAUUGCAUGUAAUACAGCAGUUUCUAUAUACCUAUAAUUAACUCAUAUUAUAAUAAAUCAAAGGAUAUAAUUUCUAAUCUGCUAUCUAAAGAUGAUCACUUUAAUGAAGAGACUAUUUAGUCUCUAUUUAGGAGGUAUGCAUAAAGGAAGUCUGAAGGCAAUAGCAUAAUUUAAUAUUAAAAGUCGUAAAUUGAUAUAGUUUUUACAUGUCAAACAAGGUAAUGUUUCAAUAUAAGAUAUAGACAUUUGAUUAGUUAUAACAAUAACUUCCGUAGGUACAUAAAAUUUACUAUAUAUUAGCAUAUAUUAUUAUAACCAGGAAUGAAAGGUACGGUGCUUUAGUCAUUUGACUAUGAGAUAUUGAACGACGAUACAAUCGCUUCUUAACUAUUUGAAUUAGAUAUUAGAAAUGAAGCUAAAAUACAUUUAUUGUGAUUUUAAUCAAAUUCGCUUUUCUAGUACAAAAACUUCAAAAUAUUUCGUUUUGAGUUAACUGAAAUAAUAAUUUAUAAUCAUUAUUGUUAUUGUCUCAUUCUUUCUUUAUAUAUUUCGAUUAACACUAUAUGAAUUUAAAACGAAAUAAAUUCUAAGCAUAAAUUAGCAAUCCAAUUACUUAUAAUAUAUCAAAGAAUUAAAGUAAACUGUUAGGAAAAAACUUAAUGUCUGUCUAUUUCUAAUUAUUUAUGUAGUCACUAUAAUUUCUUAAUAGUUAAUAUUUUUUCAAAUCAAAGUUUUUAUUUUUAUUAAUUUAAAAUUUUGUGAUUCACGUUUCCAAAAAAUUUCAUUAUGAGAUCUGGAACUUAUUUGCUGUAAGAAGAACUUAAAGAUGAAAACGUAGAAUUUAUAUUAAAAAUUAGACAAACAAGUAUAUAUAAUAUAUAUUUUAAAAAAUUCUGAUUUCACUUAAAAAUUGAUGAUACUUCUUUUUAAGAAAGGUAUUUACAACAGUAGCUUAUAAUACUCUUUAUUAAAAAAACAAAGAGAAUUACUUAGUAACACCUGUGAGAAGCUAUUUUUAUUUGUAUAGUUUCAUAUAUUCAAAAUAUAUAAUAAAUAUAAAACACUAAAUGAUACUUUCUAAAUUCAAGAAGUUUAUAUAAAUUCAAAUGAUGUAGUUACUUAGAACAAUAGUCAAAAUAUCAAUAUAUUAAAACAAUACAAUUUAUAAUGCGUUGCAAAAAAGUAGAAUUCAUUCAAUUGGUGAAAUAUUAAUAUUAAUAUUUUUAUUGUGUGGUCCAUUCAUGACAAAACAUUAGUAAAAGAUAAAAUAUAAAAUUUUUUCAAUUUGUCUUCACAUUGAAAUUUUUUAUUUAAAAUUUUUUACUUUAGAGCAUUCUUUGAGGAUAUUGCUCUACAAAUUCAUGGCUGUGAAAUUUUGUAUUUGAAUGUGUUGUAAUUUUGUUUCUUUUCUCGUUUGCAAAAUUUAAUUAUUAUUAAAGCGCUAUAAAAACAUAUUUACAAUACCAUUGUAAAUAAAUUUAUUUUUAAUUUAUUUAUGAAUAAUAUGAAUUGAACAUAAAAACAUAUGGAUUUAAAGCCAUUAUGACUUUCGAGAUUUAAAUAUUAAACCCCAUCAGUUUAUCAAUAUAGUUGGAACAAAUUGUAUACAAUACUCGCUUACAUUCAUUUAUUGUAGUUUAUAGAUAUUGAUAUAUUAAUCAGCAUACUUAAUAACUUGAAUUUAACACUUUAGAUGCAUUUAAUGUCCGUGAACUUACACGACGCGAAAUAUAGUGCAACUUUGAUGAAAGUUUAAUACAAAUAUUUUUCAAUCAGCAAACAAUGUCAUUUAUUAACAAUUAUAUGUGGUUUGUAGCUUCACAUACAUAUUUAUCCAUGAUUAUCAAAUCUAAAAGCAAUGUAUUUCUAACAGAAUUUGUAAUUGCGUGAUAAUCAUAAUGUUUAUUGAAAAUACAAUUUACAGAUCCUAAAUGAAUAAUAUACAUAUAUGUGCGAUAUAUAUGUGAAAUUAGUAACUCCUUCUGAUGUAGCAUUGUUAUUUUAAUGUCUUUGAACUAUCUAGCAUAGCAAUCAUCUCUACUUUUUCAUUAGUUAUUAAUAUCAAUUGAAACAAUAAAAAUAGAAAGGUAUAUUAAAUAUAAAUAAAGUAUAUUACUCUAUUCCUUAAAUCUUUUUAUCAAAUGCUUAUGAAAAAGAAAGAUUAAAUUUAUAAAUUAUCGAAAAUCAAAACGCA